AUGGCUGAAAGUCUAAAAGUCAGAGAACCGGGUGAAUAUGUUUUUGAAAAUCCAUUGCUGGAAUUUUUUGAAGAGAAAGACUUGCCAAGCAUUAUGGUUGAAGCAACCAAAGAAAGAGUCACAAAAUACAAUACCAAAGAUUUAGAAGAUGAUUAUGUAUUCACUAAUAAGAACAUAGCAACUAUAGUUGGUUGGCUUCUACAAUGCCGAACUAAAUACAAGAUAGAUGAUACAGGGAAAAACAAAAAGGGAAAACUUGAAGUACUGAGAAUUAAAUUUGAGGAAUACAAUAAACACGCAAAAAUUUCCAGAAUGAUAACGGGAGGAAAUAUUUCUGUUUCUGACAUAGAAAUAGCAUUAAAAACUGAUACUUUAAAAGGGUAUAAAACUUUAGUUCGUGACUUAUAUAAGGACGAAAAUGAUAAAGAAGCUGAAAUCAUUAAACCUAGAAAAGAUGUAGAAGAAGUAAUAACACCUGCACAAAAAACAAAGGAACAUUUAGAAAAAACUAAAAAAGAAUGA